AUGAGAAGAACACGCAGCAAAAGGACCAAAACCGUGAAGAAGAUCAACCCAAAAGCGUUAGAAGAUCAAAACAACUUUUUCCAAAUCCCUCUUGACGUAGUGAUCGAGAUUGUUGGUAGAUUACCUUCGAAAUCCGUAGCAAGGUUUCUCAUAGUAUCCAAGUCAUGGGAAACGUUCAUCCGAAGUCGAGAUUUCAUCACAUCUUUUCCGUUGGGGUCUUCGUCCCAGCCUCGUCUCCUAAUUACUUUCAGUGAAUCAAGUAACAGAAAAAGACGCCAAAAUUUGGACUUCUUCUCGUCGUCUUCUUCAGAAACGUCAUUUAUAUCACGUUUUACAUGUCCGUUCUCAGCUCCUGAGCACAACGAGUACCUUCCGCAGUUUGUUAAUGGCUUAAUAAGCCUUGGAUUUGGCGAAGAACAGAUCAUAUAUAAUCCCACUACUGGUAAGUCCAUAACUCUACCUAAAGUCGUAAUGAGGAGAAAGAUCGUCAAAACUUAUUUAGGAUAUGAUCCGAUUAAUGAUCAGUACAAAGUGUUGUGCUUGACUGAAAGAAUUCAUGAUAAUCAUCGGAAUUUUCAGUUUUCUCACGAUAAAGUAUUCACAGUCGGAGAAAGAGAAUCAUGGAGAGUGAUGGAUUGUAGUAUUCCUCACCGUCCUUGGUCUAACGGUUUGUGCAUAGAUGGUGUUUUGUAUUAUCUUGCUUUCACGGGUAAAGGAAUGUUGCAAAGGAGCCUAAUGAGAUUUGAUGUGAGGUCUGAAAAGUUGGAUCUCUUAACUGAUUUAUUCGCAGAUCUUAUAGCUCCACAUGCGUUUAGAAAUGUGUAUACUUUGAUAAAGUACGAGGGGAAGGUAGCCAUAGCGACAAAAGCUUUAGUAUACACGUUUCUCGUGUGGGUUAUGGAGGAACAUGGAUGGUUGAAGAAAAGUUUCAGUGUCGAACCUUAUUGUAAGAGUUUACAAAUAAAAUAUUUUCAGAUAACAGGCACUACUCAGACGGGUGAGUUUAUUUUGGCACCUUACAGUGCUAGUAAUGCGUUUUAUGUUGUCUUUUACGAUCCCAAAAGCGAUAGUUGUAGAAACAUUAAGAUUGAAGUAAACUCAGACGAUGAGUUUGGGACGCGUUUUGUAAGAUUAAUUCUUCUCUCGGACUAUGUAGAGAAUGUUAGGUUUUGUUUAGGAGUUUCAUGA